CACGCUGUGCCACUAACUGUCCUAGGAGAUCAAGACCCUGCAUCUCAACAGAAUAAAGAUUCUGCCAUUAAACAGCUGACAGAUUUCAAAGAGCAGAACUUUAUUCCAGGCAGUGAUGUGAUUUUACAGUGUGGCAAUGCCACUGUUAUCAAUUGGAAUGAAUUAAUUUAUAUUGUCUGGAACAUCAGCCUGGAAGGCAGAAAAUGUUGGCUGGGUUUGUCACCCAAGCUGGACGACACAUGUAAAGAUGGAAAGAGGCUGUUAAACACCUCAGAUGGAGUUUCUUUAGUCAUUCCCAAGAUUUCAACAAGAGAUGAAGGAUUUUAUUCGUGUGAUGUAUCAUAUAAAGCAGGAAGCUAUGCUGUAAAUGUGUCUGUAAGCGUUACCCAACUUUUCACCAAGCAGAGUGAAAACAAUCAAAGGAUUGCUGUCUGUCAGGCCAAUUACACACAAAAGACAGCACCCACUCUUCACUGGGAACCUGCCUUGAACUUUUCCUCCAGUAACAGUUCUGUAAAGAAGGAUGGCAGGUUUUUUACGAUGGAGAAUCAAGUAUAUCUGCCGGACAAUGUCAACAUCAGUGAGCUCAUCUGUGUGGCCACAUACUCCUCCGAGUCCGGCUCUGUUCAGCACAAGAGCACACUUCAUCUUAAACAAAGAACUUUUUGUCUCAGAAUGAAGGAAGAAACACCCACAAAGAGGUGAAGAAAUACGGAGGAUAAACAGGAUGUGGACAGCAAAAUCAGGCAUGAUAAGAAAGUGAAUUGAAGGGGGGUGUUUACCUGACAACUGCUGACAUUUUAACAGAGCCUCUGAAGAAUUACAGCAAAAGAGGGCAUUAGAAAGUUUCCUUUUUUCUUUACUUUGUCUGAAUUUAAGAUAAAAUUAAAAUUUUUAAUUUGGCCUCUGAGUCAACAAAAAAAUAGUUGAAACAUUUUGCUUGUGCUAUCUUUCUUUUGUAUAAAUGCAGCUUGAGUUGAUAUUUUGUUAUUUAAUGCAAUGACAUUUGUACAGCUUUAAAUGUGGCUUAAGUGUCCAACGGCUUUUGGGGGCAAUUGUAAAACUAGCAGUUUAACUGAGAUGCAUGAUAAAACACAGUUUUCCCUUUAUUUAUGGUAAUCUGAUG